AUGAUGAAACGUAGAUGGUCGGGUGUGCAAGCCAUAAGAGUACCAUCUUCGGAAGAAAGUAGCUCAGAAGUUACCUCAUCAACGUUAGUAAUGUCUCCUGCAAACUCCCUAGCGUCUACAGACAUUGGCGAUGUCGAUCUCGAAUUUUUCGAUCUGGAUCUGAAUCAUCAAGGACACAGGAAUCUCAUUUUACAGAACGGGUACGGGAUUGCAAUCGCUGGACAUACGCUGGCUAAAAGUGAUACGAGUUCGAUGUCAGGUCGUGAAGAUCUUUCUCCACCAAACAGUCUAAACGGAUACAGUGCUGACAGUUGUGAUUCCAAAAAGAAGAAAGGACCAACACCGAGGCAACAAGAAGAAUUGUGUCUGGUAUGCGGCGAUAGAGCAUCAGGAUAUCAUUACAAUGCACUUACAUGCGAAGGAUGUAAAGGUUUCUUUAGGAGAAGUAUUACUAAAAAUGCGGUAUAUCAAUGUAAAUAUGGCAACCAUUGUGAGAUUGAUAUGUACAUGAGGCGGAAAUGUCAGGAAUGUCGUCUGAAAAAAUGUUUGAGUGUUGGAAUGCGGCCAGAAUGCGUGGUACCCGAAGUGCAAUGUGCAGUAAAGCGAAAAGAAAAGAAGGCUCAAAAGGAAAAGGACAAACCGAACAGUACUACAAAUGGAUCUCCAGAAAUGAUCAAAAUGGAACCAGAGAUCCUCUUAUUUCAGCUCUCGGAUUCGGAAAAAGGAGGCACACCGAAUGGAUUCGUCAAAGCGAUUUCUCCCGAACAAGAGGAACUCAUACAUCGACUCGUGUACUUCCAAAACGAAUACGAACACCCGUCAGAAGAAGACGUCAAACGAAUUAAUGCACCGAUGGAAGGAGAAGACCAGUGUGAUGUUCGGUUUAGACAUAUAACAGAAAUUACGAUAUUGACUGUACAACUUAUAGUAGAAUUUGCUAAAAGGUUACCAGGGUUCGACAAGCUUUUACGGGAAGACCAGAUAUCGCUAUUGAAGGCUUGUUCAAGUGAAGUAAUGAUGUUCAGGAUGGCAAGGCGAUAUGAUUACCAGACCGAUUCCAUUUUAUUUGUCAACAAUCAACCAUAUUCCAGAGACAGUUACAACCUCGCUGGCAUGGGAGAAACUAUUGAAGAUCUGUUACAUUUCUGUAGGACCAUGUACUCCAUGCAAGUCGACAAUGCUGAGUACGCGCUACUCACAGCCAUCGUCAUAUUUUCUGAACGACCAGAUCUAAUUGAAGGUUGGAAAGUGGAGAAAAUCCAGGAAAUAUACCUAGAAGCCCUACGGGCAUACGUAGACAACAGGAGGAAGCCAAAACCAGGCACGGUAUUCGCGAAACUCUUAUCAGUGUUGACAGAGCUGAGGACUUUGGGAAACCAAAACUCGAAAAUGUGCUUCAGCUUGAAACUAAAAAACAAAAAGUUACCCCCGUUCUUAGCAGAAAUUUGGGACGUCGACCUGAAGACAUAG